AUGGAUUUUUUAAAGCAAAUAAGAAAACGCCAGAGGGAAAUCAACUUAUCAAAUAUUUUUAACUUUUCCCCACUAACAAAUGAUGAGAAAAAUCACUUAAUAAAAAUAUAUGGCCUGUUGGCAUUCGGGACUAUGAUAACAGCUUUGAGUUGUUAUAUUGAUAUUACAAUUUUUAAAAUUCCAAGAUUUAUAGCAUCCAUAGCUAGCUUAUUUUGUUCAUUUGCCUUAGCUUCAUCAUGCACUUAUGCACGUUAUAACGAUACUCAAACAUCAUCAAAAACUAAAUUAAUAUAUUUUUUGGGUAUAUCAGCAUCUAUUGGAAUUUUAUUAAGUGAUUAUAUUGCUUAUAUUAAUCGUUUGAACCCAUCAAUUUUACCGUUGGCCUUUUUCGGAAGUUUAUCCAUAUUCUCAUGCUUUUCCCUGUCUGCAAUAUUUUCAAAAAACAGAAUUUCUUUAUUUAUUGGAACUGUCUUAUGCGCCAUAUGUUCCUAUGUAUCCCUAAUUUCUUUUAUGAACUUUUUUAUAAGAUCAAGAUUUAUCGAUACAACUUUAUUGUAUCUUGGAUUCUUUAUGUAUAUGGGAUUUGUAUUAUUUGACACCCAACUUACUUUGUUUGAUUUCCGUAGAGGAAACAAAGAUUACAUAAUGCACGCCGUUUGUUUAUAUCUCGAUUUAGUUGGACUGUUUACACAUAUAUUGAGAAUAUUAGGAGAUAAAGAAGAAAAGAAAAAAAAAUAA